GGAAGUAGAGACAUAAUGUGACACAGGUGCGAGAAACUGUUUGCGACACACGUUUGCAAUGGCGAAGCUCCGUGUGCGUUUCGUUUUAACUAUUGAUAGAGACACGUCCGAACGUGGUAAACCCUCCACGUUGGUCUUCGAUCAAAGCCAAAGGAGGAAAAAAACAACAACAAGAUAUACGUUUAAAGAAUUGUGUUCCAUUGUAGCUCAGGGUUGACAGUAUAGGAAUUGCAAGAUUUCAACAGAACCGUCAGAAAAUACAGCGUCCCAAUGGAGACAGCUGAAGGCCAGUCAGACGACGUGGGAGGAAUGGAGGAAGAACACGAAGAAACUGAGCAGCAUGAUGGAAAUGACCAGGCGGCAAAUGAUGCCCCAUUGGAGACAGCUGAAGACCAAUCAGGCGAUGUGGGGGGAACUGAAGCUGAACACGAGGAAACCGAGCAGCAGGGUGGAAAUGACCAGGCGGAAAACGAUGCCCCAACAGAGACAGCUGAAGACCAGUCAGACGAUGUUGGGGGAAUUGAGGCAGGUCAGGCGGAACCUGAGCAGCAAGAUGGAAAUGAACCAGCGGCAAACAAUGCCCCAACAGAGACAGCUGAAGAUCAGUCAGACGAUGUUGGGGGAAGUGAGGCAGGUCAGGCGGAACCUGAGCAGCAAGAUGGAAAUGAACCAGCGGCAAACAAUGCCCCAACAGAGACAGCUGAAGACCAGUUAGACAAUGUUGGGGGAAUCGAGGCAGGACAGGAGGAAACUGAACAGCAGAAUGGAAAUGACCCAGUGGCAAACGAUGCCCCAGUAGAGCAAGGUGAAGACCAGUCGGAUGAUGUCAGGGGAAUGCAGACUGAAGCUGAACAGCAGGAUGGAGAUGACCAAGCGGCAAAUAUGUCUCCAUUUCUACAGGAUCAGCCUGGAUCAGAGCCAGAGGAUGUGGGCCCACAGCCAGACAGUAGUGGUGCUGAAGAAGACCUUGAUGUGCACAUACAGUCCGAGCAGGAAAAUGCUUCCCAAGUCCUGUCACCACCCUCCCUUAUGAACGUUGUUGACAAACAGGAGAUUGAGGACCCAGUCACAAAAGACAAUGAGGAAGAAGAUUUUGUUGUUCUUGAUGCUACACAUCCUCUGGUUGCAAAGACGCAAGCUGCGCUGAAAAAUCAACUCAUUAAGGAGUUUGAAAGGCUGACCCGGCAGCUGAAAGAAGAGGUGGGGCUUGAGAAAGAAGAGGCAAUCCAAACUAAGGAAUUAUAUGUAGAGUUGUUCAGGGAACAGGAGAGGCUAAAAAGACUCCAGACCAGACUAGAUGGCCAACAGAAGACCAAAGCUUUAGCUGAAGCCAAACAUCGACAGGUCCAAGAUGAACUGAAGGCAAUGAAGUCUUGCCAUUCUAACACCACCAAGCAGUGCACCAAGACCAGAACCAAUGCAUCCAAGCUACAGACCCAGCUAGACAAACUGAAGUUGCACGUCAACUUCACACAAGAAGUCAGUGAGAAUCUGCAUUCUAAUGUCAAAGCCACAAGUAAUGCUACACGAAAAGUAGCAACCAGGAAAUCAAAGGCUGAAGACCAGAAACUCAAGCAGGAUAUGUAUGUGGAGCGCCUGACUAAGGAAUUGGACAGACUUACAGAACAGAUGGACCUCUAUGAGGUCCAGACCAAAGCCCAGGCAGAGACGACACUAGCAACCAAAGAGGCUCUUUCUGAGGCUGAAAUGCAAAUGGAGUCACUUGCAAUGGCACAAAAACAGUUGCUGCAGCAGUGGAACAGCAGCCUGCUGAAUAUGAGGAGGCAAGAUGAGGAAUUUGGAGUGUUGCAAGAGGCUGCAUGCAUGGCUGAGCACCAAGUGAUCGUGCUGGACAGAGAGAUUGAAGGAAACAAGAAAUCCCUUUCUGAGCUGCAAGAGAAAAGUGAGACUUUGACGAUGAUGUUGAACUGCGCCCAGAUGGACUGUGAAGUCGUCAAAAAGAUGAUCAGUCAGAAGCAGACCCAGCAUGAAACUCUGCAAGCCCAGUACAGCACCUACCUGCGUGCUCUGGGCCAGACAGAGUGCACACUCGCAGAUCUCACUAAGGAGGAUAGCGGCCUUCAGGUUGAGGUGACUGAUCAGAGACGAAAGCUGGAGAAAAACAAAAAUAAGCACCUGGAGUUAGACAACCGGAUCACGACGAAAAUGCUGCAGAAGCUCAUGGACAACAAGGCUGCUCAGUACUAUCAGCGACUUACCAACAAGAAAGCCUCACUCAAGAAAGAGAAGUUCUUUCAGCUGUGGCAGUUGGAGAGUUCAGUAAUGGCGGCUGCCCUGGAGAGCAAUGUGAUCAACGAGAAACUGGAAAACCUGUCACGAACUCAGAAGGAACUUGAUGAGGAAAUUAGAAAGUACAACAAGGUGGUGGCAUCUAACCAGACUAACAGUUCUUCUAUCGACGCACUCAUUGCACAGAAGCAGACCACUAUUGCAAACAUCAACAAGAAAAUUGACCUCAUCGCAGCUCGAACUGGGCAUGAAGACCUCAGUCCACUUCAGAUCAAAGUAGAAGCAAUAAAGACUCAAAUUGAUGCAUUAUCACAAAAAAUCAAGAAUGAGCAGCAGCUGUGGCUGAAGCAUCAAGGAACACUUAUGGGACUAACCCUGGAGAUACAGGCACACAACAAGGAAUAUAACAAACUGCAGACAAAGUACACAGUGAUCUGUCAGAAGAAGAUUUACCUGGAACGACAGCUGGAAGUCUUGCACCGUGAGGAGAGUGACGUGGAGAAGAGCAAUAAGAUGCUUCAAAGGGACUUGCUAAAGCUCAACACUCUUCUGAGCAAGAACGCCCAGCUGCGCCAUGCUUUGGAGCAGGAGAACGCUGUGAUGGAGACUGAAUUCCUUCAUAAGCUUAAGGAGGCAGAGCGGGAUUCCAUAGAGAUGGAGGCAAAACUGGAGAAAACCCAGGAGGAAAAGGAAAAACUUCUCAGCAGUCUGGUGGAGGCAGAGCGUCAGAUCAUGCUCUGGGAAAAGAAGACCCAUGUUAUGAAAGAGACGCGUUUAGUUGUGCAAGAGGGUGAGGAAGAGAUCCAAAUAAUGAGGGAUGAUGUUCACCGCAUGGAGCGUUGGCUCAGUCUGUUGGUAAGGCAGCGCGAGCAGCUCCUAAGGGACAGUAUAGCAGUUGUGGAAAGGCGGGGAUACAUCAUUGAGCGCAAUGAGGUCAUGGCUCGUAGUACGAAUAAACCCACCACCAAGGGUGAGCUAAAUCUGAUGAAUGACGGUUUACGGCGAAAGAUCAAAGAAAUACACAAGUUUGUGAAAGAGUAUGACCAGGAGAUUAAAGAGCUGCAAGAGGGUCAGGAAGAAUUUCAGAACAAGGCCAAGAAGAUUCAGGAAAUGAUCGAUGGGACGCCAUCGACCACCGCCUCACUUGAAGCCGUUCUGCAGGUGGAGGCGGAGCGAGUGCAUGUGAUCAGGACUAUCAUUCACCGCGUGUGGGUCGAGAUGCCCAAGUAUCAGGGGGGUCUCUGGAAGGUGCUGCGGUCACUGGCAGAACACGCUGAGUCUGAAGAAGGCGGCGUCAACAGUGUGGGAUAAAAUGGGAAUCAUACAGUUGACAUUAAAGAGGAGGUCAAUACAAACAAACUUCCAUUGGUUUGUGAUCAAGAUUAGCCAUCUACAAGUUUCUACUAGUCUUAAGAUGUUGAAAAGCUGUUGUCUCUCAGGCUGCAAGCUUCUAGUGAUUUAAUUAUAAUAUCUUUCUUCCAUGCCCCAGCAUCAAAGUGUAAGCAGAAAAGGUUUCAUACGGGUACCAUGGCAUGAAAACUCAAGACCUAAGGUAACCCACAAACGUUUGCUUGGUUUUGUACACUUUUGCUGCAGGUGGUUUAGAAAUUGGCUGUUUUGAGUUGAUUUUAUGGGAGAGUAAAUUUACUCUUGUUUUAAAAGCUGUACAAUUUAUAUUGUAGCAAAGUGCGUGAAAAGAUAAAAUAUUUACAAGAAUGUGAGGUGUGUACUCACUUUUAUGAGAUGCUGUACCUGGCUGGCAUUGAGCUCAAGUUUAUCCUUGAUCAGAAAAGAACCAAAUUGAUUUACAGAAUCUGACAAUUAAUUCUCAGUCUGCACAUUUUCGCUGCAUGGGUACCAAAUGUUUGCGUUUUUCCCCAUCUCUCUGCUGCCGAAAGAUGAAUUGGCCAGGCUCUGCAAGCAUUUUCUAAUAUUAUAUCAAUUAAUAUAGCAGGAAAGUACAUGACAGACAAAAAUACAUUUGACAGCUAUAGUGAAGAAAAUAAGUAUUUGAAAACCCUGCUAUAUUGCAAGUUCGCCCACUUAGAAAUCAUGGAGGGGUCAAAAUUUUUCAACAUAGGUGCAUGUCCACUGUGAGAGAAAUAAUCUAAAAAGAAAAAUCCAGAAAUCACAAUGUAUGAUUUUUUUUUUAACCAUUUGUGUGAUACAGCUGCAAAUAAGUAUUUGAGCACCUGUCCAUCAGCUAGAAUUCUAACCCUCAAAGAUGUGUUAGUCUGCCUUUAAAACCCCUCCAUGUUUUAUCCUGAAUCAGAUGCACCUGUGUGAGGUCGUUACCUACUUAAAGACACCCGUCUACCCCAUACAAUAAGUAAGACUCAAACUUAUAACAUGGCCAAGACCAAAGAGCUGUCCAGAGACAAAAUUGUACAACUCCACGCGGCUGGAAAGGGCUACGCCAAAAUUGCCAAGCAACUUGGUGAAAAAAGGUCCACUGUUGGAGCAAUCAUUAGAAAAUGGAAGAAGCUAAACAUGACUGUCAAUAUCAAUCAGAGUGGAGCCCUGUGCAAGAUAUCUCGUGGGGUCUCAAUGAUCCUUAGAAAUGUGAGGAAAUCACCCCAGGACUACAUGACAGGACUUGACUUGGUCAAUGACCUGAAAAAAGCUGGGACCACCAUUUCCAAGGUGGCUGUUGGUAAUACACUGAGACGUCAUGGUUUGAAAUCAUGCAUGGCACGGAAGGUUUCCCUGCUGAAACCAGCACAUGUCAAGGCCCGUCUUAAGUUUGCCAAUGACCAUUUGGAUGAUACAGAGGAGUCAUGGGAGAAAGUUUUGUGGUCAGAUGAGACCAAAAUGGAACUUUUUGAUCAUAAUUCCACUAACUGUGUUGGGAAGAAGACGAAUGAUGGGUUCCGCCCCAAGAACACCAUCACGACUAUGAAGCAUGGGGCUGGUAGCAUCAUGCUUUGGGGUGUUUUUCUGCACAUGGGACUUGACAACUGCACUGUAUUAAGGAGAGGAUGACCGGGGCUAUGUAUUGUGAGAUUUUGGGGAACAACCUCUUUCCCUCAUUCAGAGCAUUGAAUAUGUGUCGUGGCUGGGUCUUCCAACAUGGCAAUGACCCAAAGCAGGAAAACCAAGGAGUGGCUCCAUAAGAAGCAUAUCAAGGGUCUGGCAUGGCCUGACCAGUCUCCAGACCUAAACCCAAGAGAAAAUCUUUGGAGGGAUCUGAAACUCCGUAUUUCUCAGUGACAGCCCAGAAAGCUGUCUGAUAUACAGAAGAUCUAUGUGGAGAAGUGGUUAAAAUCACUGCUACAGUGUGUGCAAACCUGGUGAACAGCUACAGGAAAUCGUUAAAAAAUAAUAGUGAUUUCUGGAUUUUUCUUUUUAGAUUCUGUGAACAUGCACCUACAAUGAAAAUUUCAGACCCCUCCAUGAUUUCUAACUGGGAGAACUUACAAUAUACGUAGCAGGGUGUUCAAAUACUUAUUUUCUUCACUGUACGUGGCAGAAGUAGAGGAGAAAAAAAGGUAAGCACAUUUGAGGGACAAAAUAAGUUUUACUGGUUAUAUUGAUAAUUUGGUUAAAUAAUACACAUUUGGACAUUUUCUCUCAUAUGGAGCUUUUCCACCAGCUUUUCCAGCUGUUCUCUGUACACAGUUUGAUUUGUUUCUGUGCAUUCUUCAGCAUUUUUUUUUCUUUUUUUUUUGUAGAGGCCCAACUAUUAAACUGGAAAAACAAAAGCAAGAACAAA